CCUUAUUUCCCCCAACAUGUGUAUCACCUGCCACGACAUUACUCCCAUCAUGUCCCCCCACCUUCGCGUCCUUCUGUUAAACCACCCAGUCAGCCUCAGGAUACCAGUGGACUUGUUGCAAUUGCAGAGGAUGCCAGGGAAGGUCUGCCCCCAAGCCCCAUUGAACACACUAUGCAUUUAAAGUCGCUGCCUUACAAAUUGAAGCAGAUAUGUCCUGCGGCGCUGCUCAGCUCUUUGAGCACGGAUGCAGUGUGCGAGCGUCUCAGGCAGAUUGAUGGAAUUGACCCGAACAUGUUGCUUCAGUACGCAGCCAAGAUCAAAAAGGCGAAUGUAAAUGGCCGAGUUCUUACUCACUGCAACUUAGACGAGUUGAAGCGAGAGAUGGAGAUGAACUUUGGUGACUGGCAGCUCUUCAGAGGAAUGGUGGUGGAACAGCGACACGCUGAAAACCAGGCAGCGCUUCAGGUCGAGUCCCGAGCCGCCAGCGAGCAAGGCAGCAGCGCUGUGCACGGGGAGCCCAGCAGACGCCAGGUAGCCCAGCACGAAACGGGACCCUUCAGCCUGAACCUGAGCUUCGAGGAACUCAGCGGAGCUGGACUGGAAGAGCCUCCGAGACGCAGCAACAACUCACACUGGCCGGUGAUAAAUCAUCACACUUCAAGCAUGUCCAGCCUCAACUCCCAGGAAUCCUCCAACGACAUCUGUAAACUGACAGACAAGCAGCAGGCGGAGUARCGCGACGCCUACAGGGAGUACAUCUCUCAGAUGGCCCAGCUGGACAUGUCCGGCGGUGGGGGGGAGAGGCCCGUGCAGCCCCAUCCCGGACAGUUCCUCCAGGCCUCCAGCUCAGAGGACAAAGGGGCUAAAGAAGGAACAGACCAAGACAGCCGCAAAGCAUUCAAUAAGAGACCCUCGAAGAGCAGCGAUGCCACAGAUUUUGCCCCGGGCGCCGACGCUCAGCUCCUAGACCCCAUCAGUGAGGAGGAUGAGAAGCUGGACCACAGCUUGUCCUCGAGGACCUCAGGCUUCAGGAAGAAAGGAGUUGGACCGUUCUACCAGAAGCUAUCCAAUGAAGAAGACUGGGGCCUGGAAGAGGCUGACAACACCACACCGCUCCUCCACAAAGAGGCAAGAGCCAGUCUUCUGUCUUCACACCGAGUCUCACAGCCUGCUGGGCUGUCGAGCAAGCCUGGCCUCCUCUCAGACAUCCUCCUGGAUAAGGAGGACUCUUCGGACUUGGGGAUGCGCUCCAAUGAUCCGUCCAUGGAGGAGUCAGGACAGGCCUCAGAGAGACCGCGAGAAACACUGAAGCCCAGUUUGAUUGAACUGGAGCUGGAGGGACUGGUGAAGAAGAGGGGCGCCCUCCCGAGCAGACUGAGCGACCUGCAGGAGGCCGCYGUGGCCCGCAUGUCCAUCUGCUCCGACGCGCCGUCUGAAGCCAGCCUGAUGGCCAGCAGCCCAGAUGAGGGCUGGCCCUGCGACGAGGUCAGCAACCUGAACCGCACCGCCAGCGACACCGCCCUCAACAACAACACAAGCAGCCCCGACAACACAAACACUAACAACAGCUACCAGCAAGGUAACAUCACAGCCACCGAGUCCACCACCUCCUCCGCCAGCAUCAUCGUCUCGCCAGCUGUCAUCAUCACCCCCGGCAGCAGCGCCGCCAACACCCUCCACCACAACCAGAACCUGCGCACCUUCAGCCUGGGAGACGAGAGGGAGAGCGUCCUCUGAGACAUCCUACCUGUGUGUGUGUGUUUAUCCUGUGCACAAGCUUGCAGUUGACGUUGUAGGUAUUUCGUGACGUGUUCCAAACAAUAAGAGUUCAUACUCGUUGUUAGGAAGAAAAAAAUAAAUAAAACAAAAUGUAAAGCUUUAAAUAUUUGAAUUUUUAUCGUCACCAAAAAUCUGUCUUGUCAAACAAAGACUUUGUAGCUUUACACUAACUUAGACGUGUGUUUAGAAUGAGCUGUGUGUUGUGUGGACAUUGUGUGUAUAUUGAACGGUAACUGUUCUGAGUAGAACUGUUUUAGUAAAAGUUAGCAACUAGGUUAAAAAAAAGUUCAGUGUUAUUCAAGCCAUUUGCCUCCAAACUGUGGUGCUGUUUGUCAUAAAACAUUUGAAAUAAAUUGCUGUUUAGGGUUUCUGUAUUAGCAAACAAGUGGAUGAAAUAAACUGAGUGGGAUUCGUCGUUGCUGUAUGUUUUUUGGGAAUCAAUAAAAAAWUCACUUCAUAAAAUCA